AUGUUCCUCCCUGCGUCCCUCCGGAGCCUGGCGCUUCACAGUGCCCAAAGGCUGAGAGGGGUUAGAGGCACCGAUCACAUCCAAGAGGUUCUUUAUGUCGAGCUGUGGAUGUUACACGCGUUGUUUGGCCAGGACGAGGAGAGGCUGACGGCCUUCUACGGGUGGUUCAGGGUCUCCCUCGUGGUCAGCGCAGUCCCAGGAUGCGGAGUCCUGGUCUUCAUCAUCGGAUCGCCCCUUUACCAGUAUGUGAGCAAGUUCCUCAUCGUGGCAAUGUCUUUCCAGCUUCGGAUCCGCCGAAAUCGAGCCAGAACUUGGACCAGACAGCUGCUAAAUUCUGCGCGGGCCUGGAGGCAUUCGGGUUAA